CGACUCUGCAAUCCCAAUCCCACCGCCUCCACUCCCCGAAUACCGCUUUCCACGACCCCAAUUGCAGUCUCAACAUGGCGCCCAAAUCCCGGCACCCCGAAAAAUCCGCGACCGCAUCGUCCAGCACGCCGGCGAAAUCAAGCUCCAAAGGCGGACACGUCGAUGCCCACGAGAUCGUGCACGGCGUGUGGAGCAAAUACGUCGACAAGACGCCGCAGCGGGUGAAGCUGCUCGACAGUUUCAUGGCGUUUCUUGUCGUGGUCGGCGCGCUGCAAUUUAUCUACUGCUGCUUGGUUGGGAACUUUCCCUUCAACGCCUUCCUCUCCGGCUUCAGCGCAACGGUCGGCCAAUUCGUCCUCACCGCCUCGCUCCGCAUGCAGACGAACCCCGAGAACAAGGCCGAGUUCGAGAGCAUCUCGCACGAGCGCGCGUUCGCGGAUUUUGUGUUUGGCUCGUUGAUACUGCAUUUCUUCUGCAUUAACUUUAUCAACUGAGCGGGCGGGGAAAGCGGAUUACGUGGCUACAGGCAGCUUCAGAUAUUGAGACCGGAAGAAUCAAGACAUCGGCUUGGGAGCUUGGGCGUCAAGGAAGGGAUCAAAAAAUCUUCGUGUGUAAUACCUAUGAUGUUAGGGUUAGGGACAUUGAAUCUACGGUGGUGAUGUUUGAAGAAUUCAUUUUGCUAGAGAGCUAUCUGAUGCAGAUGCUAAGGAUGCCU